GGAAGGGGAGGGGUUGCCCUCACAUGUGAUUAGUGGGUGUGUGUUGUCGUUUCCUCUCAUUCAGUGCGACGUUUUAUUAAAGUUGUAAGAUGGCGACGGUGCAUCUGAGGAUCGGGGACCUAGUGUGGGGGAAGCUCGGUCGUUACCCACCAUGGCCAGGAAAGAUAGUGAGCCCUCCCAAGGACCUGAAGAAGCCCCGGGGCAAGAAAUGCCACUUUGUGAAAUUCUUUGGAACAGAAGACCAUGCCUGGAUCAAAGUAGAGCAGCUGAAGCCGUACCAUGCCCACAAAGAGGAGAUGAUCAAGAUAAACAAAGGAAAGCGCUUCCAGCAGGCUGUUGAUGCAGUGGAAGACUUCCUAAAGAAAGCAAAGGGGAAAGAACAGAAUUCAGACGGCAAAGGAGACUCAAAAGGAAAGAAGACGCCCACCAAGCCUCUGAAAAUCCUGGACGAGGAUGACGAGGACCUCAGUGCCCUAAAGGACCCCUCUGAGAAGGACUUAACUGACUCUGACCCCGAGCCAUCAACUAUUGAGAGGCUGGGGGCUGGACCGGGCUCAGGAUUCAAAUGGGAAAGCAGCCCUGUGAAGGAUGACCCACAUUUUCAUCACUUCCUGCUCAGCCAGUCUGAAAAGCCAGCCUCAUCAAUGGAACCCAUCAGCAAGCGCCUGAAGAUCAUCGAGGAGGUCACGGGGUCAACAUCCAUCCAAGCAGCAGACAGCACAGCUAUCAAUGGCAGCAUCACACCCACAGAUAAAAGAAUAGGCUUCCUGGGUCUGGGGUUGAUGGGUAGCGGCAUCGUUUCCAACCUGCUGAAAAUGGGUCAUAUCGUCACAGUGUGGAAUCGCACCGCAGAAAAGUGUGACCUGUUCAUCCAGGAGGGGGCGAGGUUAGGCCGCACUCCUGCAGAGGUGGCCUCCAUGUGUGACAUCACUUUCUCCUGUGUCUCUGACCCUAAGGCUGCAAGGGAUCUGGUGUUGGGACCCAGUGGAGUGCUACAGGGAAUCCGACCGGGAAAAUGCUACGUAGAGAUGUCGACGGUAGAUCCAGAGACCAUCACAGAGCUCUCACAGGUAAUCACAUCACGGGGCGGCCGCUUCCUGGAAGCUCCAGUGGCAGGAAGCCAGCAGCUCUCCAACGACGGGAUGCUGGUCAUUCUGGCAGCUGGUGACAGAACGGUCUAUGAGGACUGCAGCAGCUGCUUCCAGGCCAUGGGCAAGACCUCAUUUUUUCUGGGUGAAGCAGGGAAUGCAGCCAGGAUGAUGCUGAUUCUCAACAUGGUUCAGGGCAGCUUCAUGGCCACCAUUGCAGAGGGGCUAACCUUGGCACAGGCCACUGGCCAAUCACAGCAGACCUUCCUGGACAUCCUCUGCCAGGGUCAGAUGGCGAGCACCUUUGUGGACCAGAAAUGCCAGAAUAUUUUACAGGGUAACUUCAAACCAGACUACUAUCUGAAACACAUUCAGAAAGACCUGAGGCUAGCCAUCUCCAUGGGCGACAUGGCCAACCAUCCAACCCCAAUGGCUGCAGCUGCCAAUGAGGUUUACAAGAGGGCCAAGGCCCUGGACCAGUCGGACAACGACAUUUCUGCUGUUUACAGAGCCUACAUUCACUAGAGCGAGGUGUGGCCCAGCCAUGGACCACAGUCUUCAAUCCCUUAUUUCUCCCUUCUCAUCCAAGUUUUUUUUUUUUUUUUUUAGUAUUAUUUUAUUUUAAAUUCUAGUUGUUUUAUUUCAUUUCACCCCAGUGCCGGCCGCGUUACCUGCUCACAAGUCCUGGGAUUGUAAUUCCAUGUUUUAGAGGCAACAUUAAGCAGUGCACUGACUGUACGGUGGGAAUUUUAUGCUGUAAGAAUGCUUCAAAAAAGGCUGAACUACUGCGCUCUGCAGGGCCACGUUGCCGGGUUCAUUGUAAAACCAGUGUAAGUAACGCGGGGCGCUGCUGUGAAGCUAGAGAAAUUACCAUGUGGAUUUGAGCCCUAAAAUGUUUUAGUUUAUUUCCCGACCCUUGUGUUUGAUAGUGUGAUCUUUGCCAGAAAUCCAUGAGAGUAAACAACAACAUGCCACUGCAUUGCCUUAAUAUUGUAACCCUCGAGUCGUUCAGUUCAGAGUAUUUAUUUAUGCCUCUUUCCAGCUGUUGUUGGUGCAGUUUGCUCAUAGCUUCUUUCUGUGUGAGACCACAUGAUUUAUGCUUUUCCAUGAGUGUUAUGAUUCGUCUUGAAGCAGCAGAUGUGCUGAGGCCUUAAAAUGCAGCAGUAAUUGAGAUUUCCGCUCCAUCCUUUCUUUUGGACAAGUUCUCAUUUCUUCUUUAACUAAACUAGAUCAGCCCCCUCUGAGCUGACGCUGAGCUCGUAGUGGAGCCUCUCGUGUCAGACGUGUUCGUUUUUUAAAGGAUCGUGGUUCAGAGUUGAAAGUCGGUUUUGGACUGCGGUGGGAUGAAAGUAUUAGAAACCAAACUAAGGAAAGGUUUCAACAUUGACACCUAAAGCUGUAGAAUUAAUCCCACACACAGUUCAGGCUAAUGAACAUCUCAUUUCAGAUAAACUGUUUGUUACACGGCUGUGCUCUCAGUCUGGGCCUCAAACCAAAUCUGUUAUUCAUUUCUUCCACUUUGCAUUCAAAACUGAGAGCAGAUGGUCACAUGACAGUGGGCAGCAGUUUGAAAGGCCAGCUCUGUUUGAUUAGACCUGAUUGAUUAAUUUGACCAAGCUUGUGACAGAUGCUCAAAGUGCUGAUCAUUAAAAUGAAAUGCCAAAGAGAUUUCUGAGCUCUCAAUUACGCAGUUUGUCGACCAAAGAACUCUGGAAAGGUGAUUUUACACUAGAAAACCCUGAAACUUGGUCUCAAUGUUUCAAUGAACAAAUCAUUGUUUUAAUCUUAUAUUUAUUUCAUGUUUUGACUCAAAUCUUUGAUUGCCGCUGAAUCUGUUUUCUUCUAAGGGCAGAAAGCAAAGUAGUGAAGUCCAGAUGGUUUUCAGUCCAGCCCGGGUGGUUAUGGUUGUUUGAACACGCACGCUCACACACACACACUCACACACAGUCUGUGGAGCAGCCGGUUUUGCUCCGUAGCUGCGGGGCAACAUUUCCCUUCCACACAUGGACUCCUCAGGAUUGGGCGGUGGGUUUCAGCCCUUUCCAGACGUGGAAUACGUAACACGGACGCUUCAUCAGGCUGACGACGUUCUGUCAGACAUCUCUCUCACACUCACACACACACACACACACACACACACACACACACACGUAAGUGCAGAAUUGUUUUAGGUGUGUUUGGGACUACAACUUCUAACAUCUAUACUACAGCACUGUUGUGUGACUCGAGUUUCUUUCAGUCGCACACACUGAAUUCAAAAAUGAUAUGAAGCAAACCAUUCCCGUCUGAUAAGGGCUUACUGAUCUUCAUUGUGUUCUAUUUUUAUUUUAUUGUGUUGGUGCCUCAGUUUUCGACCCUGUGAAGACCUGCAUCAGUGGCCAGCAUACACACUGUUCCAAUCAGUUGUUCAAAGUUCUGAUGGAUCUUCUCUGUAUCCAGUCGACUAAGGGAAUUCUACUAAUUUAAGGUGUCUCUUACGUUUGGAAUGAGCUGCAGUUCAUUUUGUCUGAUUUUAAGUUGUGAGUCGGGAAGUGCAAGAAGAGUGUGCGUUUGUAGCUCCAGGUCCCUCUGCUGUUCUGCUAUAACUUGUCCAGUAUGACAUGAAGAAACCAAAACGGAGGAGGGUGAUCUUCAGACCUCCCCACGUGAUUUUCCUGCAGGAAAAAAGGUCCUCACGGUGAUUUGUUCUUCAUGGUUUUCUCAUCUGAAGCUCUCAAUGAAUGAGUUGGUCAAACAGUAGUUUGGUUGUGUGGUAGGAAUCCAGCGUUCCCUGAGAAACGUUUUGUUAUCCGAGGUUAGGUUUUAAUUUUGGUUUCUCCAACACGCUCUCGAGUUUAAAGAGCUGUUUUUAGAAGAUGUAAAUAGCACAUUAGGCUAAGUAGGGUUCCUUUUCUAUCUACAGUAAUCAGGAUUAAUGAAGAAACUUUGGGUUUUCACUCUACAGAGCGAAUGUCUAACAUCUGUGUUUUAAUACUGUAGAUUGUUCAGUUCAAAUGUAAAUGGUUUAUAAAUAUAUGGCUUAUAUAAUCUGGCUUAUUAUUGCGAUGAAAUGACAAUGACUUGGAUCCCAUUGAUGGAAGGUGGAUGGAGUUUGGAUUUGGGGAUAUUUAUGAUUUUGUGUACAUGUGGAAAUACCAAGACUUUUGUGCUGUUUAAUAAAUCCUAAACUCCUAAUUGGUGA